AUGUUUAAGGGAAUUACUGAUAAUCCUCAACAUUCGCAGUGGAUAUUUUAUGAUACUCACUUUACAAGAAACGACAUUUUAAAUUUAAUUAAAUUAGAAAAUCAACCAGAAUAGUUUAGAAAGUAUAUUAUAGAAAAUAUCUUAGUAAAUUGGGUUUAAAAAGAUGCUAGUGAGAAUAGAAAUGAGGUUUUUGUAGAUUAACUCUGCCAGUUAUAUAGGUUUAUGAAUAGCUAAAAUUACACAGCUGAGUAGAAAAGUACCUUGAUGAGCUUAGCUUAUGAAAUAUUCAUUAAAUCUAUGGAAAAAAAGAUGACUUAAAUAGACUCAUUUAAUUUACUAAAGCAAGCAUUACAUGAAUAAACAAAAAUAUUCAGUACUUAGACUAUACCUAUAUUUACAUAAUAACACUGCAAGAAUGUUAUUGAUUUUAUUAAAGGAUCCUUCUAUAGAUAUUAUUCUUUGUAUGAAUUGACAAUGACUAAAUUCAUAGACUUGAAUAUAUACUCUAACUAUAAAUUUGAUAAUAAUUUCCCUUAAUUGUAGAGUCUUUCCUCAGGAAAGAAGAUAGAUAACCCAGCAGAAGUUCCUGCAUUAAAAUAUUUAUUUAAUAAAAUAUAAGAAAAUGAACAUGAAGAUGAAUAUGAUGAAGAAUAAGAUUAACACCAAACCGAAUAAGAAUAAGAACAUAUAGAUUAAGAUAAAGAUAGCCCUAAAAAAAGAGUUUUAACAGGCGAAGAUUUACUUAUUUAAUAAUAUGUAGAUAAUAAAUUAAAUAAUUAUAAUCAAGAUGUUUAAAAUAAGGUAGUUUAAUCAUAAGAACAAGUAUUAGAGCAAGCAUAAAAUAUAAUCAAUCCUCCUAAAAAGAAAUGA